AUGUCUUCAAUCAUAUGUAAUGUUCCUGUCGAUGUAUCAGUUCCUCCACGAUUUAUCGUUAAUCUUGAUUUACCUCCAAUGUUGAGAUGGCAAUAUAUUCUACGUCUAUAUAUAGAUCAACUUCGUGAAGUUGAAAAAAAGAUUGAAUCAAUGGUGAAUAAAAUUGUUGGUCAAUGGAUAGGUCCUAUGCUUGAAAGUGUUCUAUCAACAAUCAUGGCUGGAAUAACUCAAUUAGGGCUUGUUUAUUAUGGACAAGAAUUGAAAGGUAUCUCACAUACGACUGGAAUACCAUUGGGCAAAUUAGUAAUGAUGCAAUUUGUUUAUGAAUGUGUUUCAUGUUGUACAUCAAUUAUAUGUCAAGAUGAAGAAACUAAUACUCCAAUGCAUAUUAGAAGCAUGGAUUGGGGACUUGAUGUUUUGAAACAAUUGACUAUCGAUGUUGAUUUUCAAAGAAAUGGUCAAACAGUUUUUAAAGCAACAACAUGGAUUGGUUAUGUGGGAAUUUUAACAGGAAUGAGAGUUGAAAACGGCUAUUCUGUAUCGGUUAAUUUUCGACAUACAGGCGGACAACUGACAACGAAUCUCAAAACGGCUUUAGCAAGGUAA